GAGCCAGCAGAGCCGCCUGUGUGUUUACAUGUCAGCCUAUCAGUGCAGCCGGAUUUAGCGCAUCUGGAGAGGACAGAGGCAUUUCUCAAAUGCCCCUAAGACAAGGGAUUCUCGUCGCUGCAAAUAUCCCUCUUUCCCAUCUGAAUCUACCCUGCCUGGAAUCCUGCAUCCCUGUCUCCAUGCUUUCGGAGGCAUUUUGAAUUUCCUUGGCAACAUGGAGCUGCCUGAAUUAGAAUUCUCCGCAUGACAGUCCUGGUAAGCAGUAGGAUGGUGUCUGGGGAGGCAGGAGGGCACAGCUACUUGAUGGCAUGCUGGCAGCCAAUCCUGAUCCUGAUGCUGGGCACCGUCCUCUCUGGCUCCACCACCGGUUGCCCCUCCCGAUGUGACUGCAAUGGUCAGGAGCGUUCAGUUGUGUGCCAUCGACGGAGACUGGCAACGCUACCUGAGGGCAUCCCCACUGAAACGAAGCAGCUGGACCUCAGCAAGAACCGUCUGAAGACUCUGGGGCCCGAAGAGUUCAUUAAUUACCCUCAGCUGGAAGAGCUGCAACUUAAUGAAAAUACAAUCUCGUCCAUUGAGCCUGGAGCCUUCAGCAACCUCAUGAACCUUCGAACUCUAGGUUUGCGCAACAACCAGCUGAAGCUGAUUCAGCUGGGUGUGUUCACAGGCCUGACCAACCUCACGCAGCUGGAUAUUAGUGAGAACAAAAUUGUCAUUCUGCUCGACUAUAUGUUCCAGGAGCUGUACAACCUGAGGGCUCUGGAAGUUGGUGACAAUGACCUGGUGUUUAUCUCACCCCGAUCAUUUCAUGGCCUAAGCAACCUUGAAAGCCUCAACAUUGAGGGAUGCAAUCUGGCCUCAGUGCCCACUGAUGCCCUGAGCCAUCUGCAUAACCUGUUGUCACUUCGAUUACGUUAUCUGAACGUCACUGUCAUGAGGGAUUACUCCUUUAAGAGGCUGUAUCGGCUCAGAGUGCUGGAGAUUUCUCAUAUGCCCACCCUGGAUUCCAUGACCCCAAAAUGCUUGUUUGGACUCAACCUUACAUCACUGUCAAUCACAAACUGCAAUCUGACUGCCAUCCCCUACCAAGCCAUCAGUCACCUAAGAUAUCUUCGGUUUCUGAAUUUGUCUUUCAAUCCCAUUCAAACUGUGGAAGGCAACCAACUGUUAAAUCUACAGAAGCUGCAGGCGUUUCAUUUGGCUGGUGGAAGAUUAACUGCCAUUGAGCCCUAUUCUUUCCGAGGACUCAACCACCUCCGUGUUCUCAAUGUAUCCAGCAAUGGCUUGAGCACCCUGGAGGAGUCUGUCUUUCACUCGGUGGGAAACCUGGAGACCCUGGCUUUAUAUGACAACCCAUUGGCCUGUGACUGUCGCUUGCUCUGGGUCUUCCGCCGGAGGUGGAGGCUCAACUUUAACAGACAGCAACCCACGUGUGCUUCACCUGUGGUGGUGCAAGGAAAGGAAUUCAAGGACUUUCCAGACAUCCUCCCCUCUGACUAUUUCAUCUGCCAGAAAUCGAAGAUCAUGGAUUAUAAAGUUCAAGAAAGCCACGUGGAUGAGGGCACCACGGUUCAUUUCGCUUGCCAAGCUGAGGGUGACCCAGUCCCUGUGAUAAUGUGGCUCUCCCCUAAGAAGGAAUACAUCACUACCAAAACCGCAGGGUCAAGACUUUCUGUGUCUAACGAGGGCACAUUGGAGGUUCGUUAUGCCCAAAUCCAGGACAAUGGCACCUACUUGUGCAUCGCAAGCAAUGCAGCGGGCAAUGACACCAAAGCUGCUCACCUUUUUGUGCAUAGCUACUCCCCCAAUUGGCCCCACCAGCCAAACAAGACAUUUGCCUUUAUUUCCAACCAGCCCAGCGACGAAGGUGCUAAUGUGACCCGGGCCACAGUCCCAUUCCCAUUUGAUGUAAAGACACUCAUCAUUGCCACCACCAUGGGAUUUAUCUCUUUCCUCGGAGUGGUCCUCUUCUGUCUUGUAAUACUAUUUCUCUGGAGCAGAGGGAAAGACAGCACGAAGUCGAGUAUAGAGGUCGAAUAUGUGCCACGAAAAGAGGAAACGGAGGAGGCCAGUCCAACUGAGGCGCCCAUACAAUUCAACAUGAAAAUCAUGUGAACCUGAAAUGGAGGUCAUCCCAGCUUACAAACUGCAGUCAGGAUGCAUACUAUCCUCGCUUCAAAUAUGUACUCAGUUCAUGAGCGAUAGAAAUUGCACAGCAGCAAAUGCAUCUUGACAAUAUACCAUAGAUUUUUUUUUUACUUCAGGGACUGACUCUUCAAAACAAAUGUUGAAUUGCAAAUACUACCAUUUCUGUAAAUUUGUAUUGGCAAUACUCAGAUCAGUAUGUUAACAUGCACUCAACAGCCCCAUUACUGUGUGUAACCAGAUUAAAAAGGUAAUAGUUUGAAUGAAGCACAUGGAUUAGAGGGAUUUCAUAAUGUAGGGAUUGUUCUCCAGGUGUCAUCUCUCUAUCAGCACAAAAUAAGAGGAGGAUUGUGUUGUCUGGAUUGUGUUGCAUUUUGCUGUGGUUUGUUUUGAUGGAUGUACAAAGCACAAUAACGCACUAUUAGAACAAACAAAUAUGUUAAUUGAAAUCUUGAGUUGAAUGCAGAUUUUCAGUUUUCUUUGUGUGUAAGUAUGGGGUUAAUUUUUUUAAACAAAUACAAAGAAAAGAAAGUAAGAUUUUAAGAGAUUAAAGAUGCACUUUAAAGAAGAGUCAUAGAGUUACAACAUAGUCCAUAUUUUGAGGGAUUAAAAAGAGACUAAACGGAAAUAUAUUUUCAGAAUAAGGUCCUAUAAAGAAAAAGAAAAUGUGAUGUGUUUGUGGAGUCGUAAUUUUACCAUAAAAUGUUUCUAAAAAAAGGACAGUUUCACCUUUCCACCAACAUCACUAGUUUUGGUCCGAUGUUUUCUCUGCCCAUGUUGGUGCUGGUGUCUCCAAAACAUUAAUUGUCACAAACAAAUUACAAUUUUACUGUGUCAGUUAUAAUAAUCUGAUAAAAGUACAAUUAAAAGUGUGCAUGUUAACACACUGACUAAGAUACAUAUUCCAGUCCUACAGUAUGUGCUCCCUUCUGCCAACAAAAGGGACGUUUGUUAUUAAAUGUAUUGACUUGUUCAGCUAUACAUAUUUUUUCUGUACUCUAUUCUUUCCUUGUACAUUAUGCUAUGGCACAAUAGUAAUGCUUUUAAUUGCUGAGGGGUGUGAACAUAUUGCAAUCUAAAGAGCAGAUUCAAUUAUCAGUUUUGAUGUAUAUAAACCAAAAGAGAGUACAACUGCUUUUAAGAAUGUAUAAAGAGGUACCUUCGAAAAUCAUCAUAAUAACAAUCCAUCACCCAGUGAAACGAAAGUUAAUUUAUUUACCCAUUUGGCAGCUCAAUAAGCGUGAGCACUCUGCCCAAGUCCUGAGGUUAUACUGUCACCAGAGCAUCUCCAAAAUUGUGACGAUAUUAAUUUGUUGCCUUAAGUCGCCUAUUUUCCAGCUUUCAGCUGAGCAAUACCCAGUAUUUAUGUGUAAAAUUGCGUUUUAUGCCUCAUAAGAAUUUUAUGUUGUCUAAUUAAUUUCACAGUCAAGGUCUGCUCUGAAGAUAAUAUGUUCAUUAACUCUUACAAUUCUUCUUUAAAAGGGAUGGGCAGAUGGAUAUUCUAUUAAAAUAAAUAA